AUGCAGAGUCAAGCGCUCAUUCCAUGUCCAUCGGGACCGGGCUUUAGCCAGCAGGGAAGCCUGGACUGGAUUCAGCUCGUGAGGUCAAGCUAUUCAAUUCCGCGGGAGAUCCUGUCUAGGUUUUCUCAAGCCGGCGUUGAGCCUCUGACUCUCACGGUCGGGCAAGCGAUCUUCUCACGCUUUGUUUUACCACCAUGUACCCAGCAAAAGAUCGAGGAAACACUCGCUACCCUCAAGCCAUUCUCGUCGUAUGGCCAAGUGCUUUGGUUUGGCUUUGGGGUCAAGCAUGUCGCCAGGCUCCUUGUUGAGUCCGAGCAGGGCAUGAUCUGCCUUGCACUAUGCGGAAGCCUUUCCGUGUCUUACGAAAAGUUCUACUGCGCCCAGGUACUGCGAUCCAUGACGCAGCUCCAGAAUGCUUCCGGUGAUCUCAGCCCCUCCAUCUCCCAGUGGUCGCAGCUGAUCAACAUCUGCUCGGGAACGCUGCUAUCUUCCGACUUUCCAAACAUAGUCGAGGGGUUUUCGCGGCUUUGGUACAAUGCACAGAAUCCAGCAAUCUGGCAACAACAAGGCGGCACGCCCCCUGAUUCUCUGGGUCAGGCAUUGCUCACCCUUUUCGACAUUGCAAGCGGGUCUCUUCAAAGCGCAACCUUUGUCGGGGGUCCCGACUGUGCAUGGAUAGCCGCUGUUGCAGAGUGGAUCUUGUGUCUCUCGGUAGAGGUCCGCGAUGCAGAGUCUGACGAGAGCCUUUAUAGAAAAGUGGGCGAUGGUCACUGUCACGAAGCUCAAGUGACAAUACUCCGAGCCUUCCACAGAGAGCCCAUGGUACGCCUGAAGGACAAGAUUUGCUUCCUCCCCAGUGGUGUCAGCGAUUUUCAUGCGACCACGGCCGGCGACAAAAGGGUUUUCGCCAGAGCACGCUCAUCGUGGGAGACUAUCCUGUCUGAUACGUUUCCUGGAGAUGCUUUGCAGCGUCUCUUAUCAUCCGAGGCAGUUCGUGCCUUUUUCGUCAUGCCACGGUUCUAG